AUGAAUGAGUACCAAGUGCAAAUUGAUCAAGAAGGUGUGGGUACAUCAACUUAUGGGGCUUCAAACUCUACUGUUAGUGCUGCUGCUGUUCUGUCCAUAUUCAAAACACUUUCCGCCACUAAGAAGACCUCAAGUCUUGUUAAAGCAAAGAGUGAGUUAGAUUGGUACUUGGACGAAGAACCUUUUCCUCAUGAUGAGAAUGAGUACUUUGAUGUCCUCGGUUGGUGGAAGGUGGCUGGAACUCACUUCCCUACUUUGAGGUUGAUUGCUCGUGAUAUUUUAGCAAUUCCCAUAACCAUAGUAGCUUCUGAAUCGGCUUUUAGCCCUAGUGGGAGGAUUCUAAAUGAGGAUCACAGCUGUCUUACUCCACAAAUGUUGGAAGCUUUGAUGCGCAGCCAAAGUUGGUUCCGUCACAAUCUUAAAGGUCAAGAUGAUGGAAAGAUUGACACCUUUUGGUCCUACCUUGAGGACAUUGAAGAAGAAAUGAAGGAAGAACCUUGCAUCUCUACUAUCAACUCUGAUUAA